CAGGGGCGAGGAAGCCGCAGAUUUGGUGGAGGCGCUGCAGCCAAUGCCUUCGCCUGGAGCGUUUCCUUCAGUGCCUAGUAGUAUUGAACCAGCCGAAGAGGCGACAAAAAGCCACGCAGGACUAUCUGGCACCAUGUCAGAAGGCACAAUGCACUCAGGACCACUUUCGAGUUCUGAGCCGUUACAAAGUGAUUCUCCCCGCGAGUCCCUGUCCCAACGGGCUCAGCUGGCAAUCAAAGAUCUGUUUGAUUCUCGUGAGUGGCUCCAAGAAUUGCUAGGGAGAGUCCCUGACCAAGUCCUCGCUACGUGUCCAUUCUACCGUUUUCCCAUGAAGCAACUAAGCCUGGCAACUUUUAGCAUGGUUAUACCAGAAAUAUUGGCUGCCAAUAUGAAGGAUGCGGUUGUGGUCCUCUCCGAAUGCAUGCGACUACUGAAGAAGACGUCGCUAUCCCUUGAGGAGACUAAAGCCCUUUUGGGCUACACGGAGCGUCUGUACGGAUACGCAACCACCACGAUGCCGGGUGCAAGAGGAGGUUUCGCAGCUAUACAAACUAUUGACGCUCUAGGGAGAGUGUUGUUUGUUCUCGAUACGCUGCAUUGUGCAGCAGAAGUGCUUGGAGAAGCUUCCAACUAA